AUGCGUUCUGUGUAUUCCGUAGUUGAAGAUAAUCUUCGGAAUAAUCAUAACAGUCAUAAUAAUCAUAAUAAUAACCAAAAUAACACCAGUCACACGAUACUGCCAACACAUAUUCCACACGAAUAUCAUCCAUUACCAGAACAAGAAGCAUCCAAUCUAUUCCGGCUGAUUGAAGAAUCUCCAAAUGGGACAGAAAUUAUCGGUGUUUCAAAAUAUCUACAUCAAUAUAUUCUAUUCAACUUACAAUUCCUUUCUAGCCAGCAUGAAAAUCCUGCGAACAAGAUGAUUAAUUUUAACAAACUUCAGUUCAAUUUUCAAUUGCUUGAUACACAUGAUCCAUUGACAAAUGCGUUAGAUUUAGAGGCAGUUAGCGGGAAACUGACUGUGAAAAAGCGUAUUGAUCGUGAAGCUCUAUGCAGUGCUAAUUCUUUCCCCUUGACAAUCACCAGUAGCAGUAGCACCAGCAGCCUCAGUUCAAGGUUUCCAAUCAACGGUAGACCUCCGUUAUUUUUACAAAAUACCCUGAACACAGAUAAAUAUUUAACUAAUUUAGGCUAUUUUAUUAAUCCAAUGCAUAUAAUAUCAAAUAAUUUAAAUAAACGAUGUAUUAAAACACUUCACAUUCUAUCGACUACACAAAUAUUAGAAUUGAAUCAAGUCGAUAUUAAAAAGAUACCUAUUGAUUUAUUGAUUAUCGAUAUUAAUGAUAAUAGUCCAACAUGGAUAUCAGUUAGUAAUGGAAUGAACUUCCAUCCAACUAGAACAGCGACAACAACAACUACUGAUAUCGAUAUUAACAGUAGUGGUUAUCAGAUAAAUAUACCAAAUAUUGUUGUCCAGUUAUCUGAAAUCCCUAAAGAUGCUGGAGACGACUAUUCCAGUGUACACCAACAACAACAACCACAACUGCAACAACAUCGUCAGCAAACGUAUCACCAGCUUCAAUCAUCACGUACAAUGCUACCAAGAGCUUAUGAUCCUGAUGAAGGAGCUAACAGUCAAGUAACAUAUCAUCUAGAGUCAAUCAAAAAGCCGAUCAAUGCCCAGAACAAUAUUGAUCCUACUGAAUAUAUUCCGUUUAUUUUAGAAGAUAAUCCUAAUGGACCAUUGGAGUUAAUUUCAACAAUUAAUUUAGACUAUGAACAGAAACAACAUUAUGAAUUUUAUUUGCUAGCUACUGAUUCUGGAUUACCCCAGCGUACAGGUACUGCUCUGAUCAAAAUCAAUAUAAUCGAUGUCAAUGAUCAUCCACCAAUAUUUGAUAAAUCAAUAUUUUAUCCACCAAAUGGUGGUAUCUCAGAGAAAACACUUCCCGGUACUGUGGUAUUAAAUUUGUCUGCUACAGAUGGAGAUGCUUCACCGAUGAAUAAUAGGAUUCGAUAUACAAUGGUUCCAGGUACACUGGCGAUGAAUUAUUUCAGUGUACAGGCGGAUGGUACAAUUAUAUUGAAACGUUGGUUAGAUUAUGAGACAAUGGAGACAAGUUUAACAGAUGAUCAGCUGUUGUUUAGUUCAUUUCUGUCGGAUAUGCCAUCGUCAUCAUCACCGACAUCAUUGUCCAACCUCAAUAAUCCCAACAUCAAUCAGAAUUCUAAAAGAUUUGUCUUCCAAGUGAAAGCUAUUGAUUCUGCACCUCAACCAUAUGAACGCAGUAGUACAGCAGUGGUUAUUAUCCCAGUGAUUGAUGAAAAUGAUGAAAUUCCAAUGAUAUCCGUGAAAUUUCUUGGUUCUUCGGAGAUGACAAGUCAAGGAGAAACAGGUUUAGUUAAAGAAAAUAUUCGACCACCUAUUCAACUAGCAUACGUCCAAGUAAGGGAUCUUGAUUUCAAUGGAAAUGAUCAAGUCACAUGUUCACUAACUGAUACUGUAAACUUUUCCUUGAAAUCAAUCAAUUCUAUCGAUCAAUAUGGUAGUAAUAACAAUAAUGCGUUGAUUGAUAAUCUUCAUGAAGUCAAUAGUCGAUUACAACUUCCGUCUUCGUCAUCCUCAUCAUCCUUGUCACUGACAUCUACAAAUUCCAAAAAUGAUUACAUUUUAAAUCUGAUUACAAAACCUGAUCGUGAACUCAACCCCUUAUAUUAUAUCCGUAUAAAAUGUACAGAUCAAGCAUUGAAUUUCAAUGAACAAACCAUCCGAAUCCGUGUCCUCGACAUGAAUGAUGAACAGCCAAGAUUUCAAAAAUCAAUAUAUCGAUUUAAUCUACCAGAGAAUAGUGAUAAACAAGUGAAAUCGUUUAACACUAUUGAUGGAUAUCUCAAUCGGGAUAAUGAUAAUAAUAAAGAUAAAAUCACAUAUACACCACCACAUCAAUCAAUACUUGCUACGUCAAAUGGAAGAGAAGACGAUGAUGUUGAUGGUGUUGAUCAUGAAGAUCAUUAUGAAUAUCGUAUAGGUCGUGUCCUCGCUGAAGAUAAUGAUCAAGGCGAGAAUGCACGUAUUGAAUACUAUUUGGAUGAACAUUUCUUAGAGAUUAAACCAUCGGAUAGUUCAGUUCUACCUUCAGCUUACCUACUAACAAAUAAACAAACUCUUCUUGACGAUAAAAACGUUUUCAUUUAUCAUCAAAGUCGUGAGGCAAUCCGGGUGGAUCAACUCUUUCGUAUUGAUUCACAAACAGGAAUGUUAUAUGCCCUGAAGAAAUUCGAUGUAGAAAAUGUUGAUUUAUUUCGUUUUAACGUGUAUGCUUUGGAUCAACCGAAUCAGUUGACAUCAAUUCGACAUACGGGGACAGCGACGAUUGAAAUUAAAAUCACUGAUGUUAAUGAUUGGCCACCGCUAUUCAUACAAACAAAUAAUUCAAUAUUCAAUGCCACAGAUACUACUACUACUACUUCUAUUACUGAUAAGGAUGGUUUAAGUAGUAGUAGCGGUAGUUCUUCACGAAGUCUUAGUAGCGCUGGCAGUGAGAUUCAUUCAACUGAUAACAAUAAUACAUCUAUUGAUCAUAAUGAAUUACACUUUGUAAAUAAUUAUGUCUUCCAUGUUAAAGAGAAUAGGCCAGCGUAUUGGUUAGUUGGACGUAUCAUUGCUAUUGAUUUAGAUGUGGAGAGUAAAGCGAUGACACAUAAUUUGUUGAAUAAAUUAUCCGCUUCGGGUGGAAAAUCGUCAUCAUCAUCAUCAUCAUCACCGUCAAAACAGACGUUUCCUUCGCCAACAUCAUAUAUAACAUUAAGAAUAGCGAAUGAUUCUCCGUUGGAUAUACGUCGAACAUUUAAUCUACACGCUACACAAGGUUAUUUGAGAACGUCGGUUUCAUUGGAUCGUGAAAAACAAAGUAUGUAUGUGUUUAAUGUGAUUGCUUAUGAUGGUAAUCCAUCGACGGUUACUUCACAGACGUCAACGGCGACAGUCACAGUUUUUGUUGAGGAUGAAAAUGACAAUGAUCCUGUUUUUAUUAGACCUGCUACUGCCAGUUUACCUGCAUCCUCAUCGUCAUCCUCACCGCGUCAAACGAAUAUCGAGAUGUCAAAACAUAGUUCAUCACAAUCAAUAAUUCAUCAAACGAUUUCAAAUAAUUUACAAGAGAAACAAAAUGGCGCCAAAUUGAAUUGGCCCGCUUUUCCAACUUCUAUGGAUGAUGGUAAAAAUGAUAGAUUAAAACAAAUCAAUCAUAAUAACAAUAAUUUACUGAAACCAGUUGCACAACAAAUUAGUAAUAAUAAUCAUGAUAAAGCGAAUAUACCUGUUGUAUUGGUACACAGAAGAGGCAAUAAUAAUAAUAUUAACAAUGAUGAUGACAGUUUCAAUAGGAAUGAAGCUUCUCAUAUGGAUGGUGAGUCAAGACCGCUACUUCAAAUCGAAGCCAUAGAUGCCGAUGCUGGUGACAAUGGUAAAAUCACCUAUGAGAUUAGCGCUGGAAAUACAGACAAUCUAUUCGUCCUUAAUGCCGACACAGGGAUACUUUCCCUCUCUUCAAACUUGUAUACCACCUCAGCAGAACAAUCAAUAGAAUCUUCAUCAUCAAAAAAUACAGAAAAAACAAAGCACAAUUCUCUUACUCCAUCUAAUCCAAUCAUGUAUAUGCUACGCUUUGAAGCAUGUGAUCGUGGCCUACCAAAACGUUGUGCGCUACCUAUCUGGGUACAAUUGGUUAUCGAUCCGAAUGAAUUUCCACAUCUUGCACAACUCUCUCAUUUAACAAAUUAUUUAAAUCCAUCACUAGUCAACAAUGCUGACAAACUGAAUCAACCGCCAUAUUCAAUGGAUCAAUCUAUUGAACACAUUGAACAGGCUAAAACAGCUUUAAUUUCUGGUUAUUUUCAUUCAAAUUUGAACAACAAUAAUAAUAAUAACCGUAACAAUAAUAACAAUGCUGAUUUAAACAAACAAAACCAUAUACGCUUUCAUGAAGACGAUGGUUUUAUCAGUGAUGUGAAGGCAAAACUUCUUAUCCCAUGA